AUGACGAGCGCGUACCGCGCGCUCGCGUUCGCGGCGCACGGCUACAGGGCGUACCUCGGCGACGCGUUCGAGCGCCUCAGGCUGCCGGCGCUGCCCGAGCGCGACCUGAGCGGCGCGGAGUGCGUCGUCACGGGCGCGAACCAGGGCAUCGGAUUCGAGGUCGCCGGCGCGCUCGUCGAGCGCGGCGCGCGCGUGCACUGCGUGUGCCGGGACGAGGCGCGCGGAAGCGCGGCGGUGGAGGCGCUGAACGCGCGCGCGAGCCAGACGGGACGCGGACGCGGACGCGCGGAGCUGCACGCGUGCGAUCUGAGCUCGCUCGCGCAGACGCGGCGGUUCGUCGAGCGGUACACGGCGAGCGGACGAGCGCUGCACGCGCUGGUGUGCAACGCGGGAGCGAUGGUGCACGAACGAGGGAACACGAGCGAGGGAUUCGAGCGGAACUUCGCGGUGAACACGCUCGGGACGCACGUCCUCGUCGCGGGGCUGCGGCCGGUGCUGGGACGCACGGCGCAGGGGGACGCGAACCUGGAGGGCGAGGGAGGGUACUACGCGCCGAGGGUCGUCGUCGUGUCGAGCGCGGGGAUGAUGACGGAGCCGCUGGAGGUGAAGGAUUUGGAGAUGCGGAGGACGAAGAAGUUUGACGGGGUGAAGCAGUACGCGCGCGGGAAGCGACACCAGACGGCGAUGAUGGAGCGUUGGGCGCGAUUGGAGCUAGAGAACGUGGGCGAGGAGCGCGUGAAGAGCGGAAGGGGAUACGUGGGGUAUUAUUCCAUGCAUCCGGGGUGGGUGGCGACGACCGGGGUGGCGAACGCGUUGCCGAAAUUUUACGCGUCCAUGGCGGGGAAGCUUCGGACGACCGCGCAGGGCGCGGAUACGAUUCUCUACCUCUUGACGGCCGGGACGGAAGACUUGCAACCGGGAGCGUUUUACUUCGAUCGUGCUCCCGUGGCGAAGCACAUCACCUGCGGGUUCACGCGGUACGAGCCGAAGCAGGUGGACGCCCUCGUGAGCAAGCUCGACGCGUUGCAGGCGGAAGGUUCCGUGCGGAGCGAAAAGAACCUUCUCAAAGCGUCUGGCUCGUUUACGAAGGGCUCGGCGACUAAGGACGCGUCGACCAAGGACGCUUCGCCGUCGAGUGAGACGAAGACGAAACGCAGCAAUCCGUCGUGGAACAUUCGAUGA